AGACCAGCAGCAAUAGCAAAGUAGGCACCGCACAAGACAUGCUGCAGCCCACUGCGAAAAGGCCUUCCUCGAUUGGCUGUGGAACCCAAGCACAACCACAAGCACCUUCGGCUAUAAUUCCGGGCUUACGAACGUCGCUCUGCGGCCAGCGCCGUUCUUACCUACCGCGAAACACUCAUCUUAGUACGUCGUGUAAUAUGGGGACAACGACAAUGG